AUCAAAAGAGCAGCUGUCUAUAAUCUUCCUUGUAAAAGAAGAACUCCUACAGUUCUCAGGCAGUGGUUGAAGUGUGCUGUUAUGACUUUGGAUUAAAAAUUUCCUUCUUCAGGAAGCUAUGGAUGUGCCACCUGAACUUAAAGAGAUAAGAAAAGCACUGGCUCAAGCAUAUAUUGAAGAAGAUGCACCACAUAGCAUUGGCACUGUCGACUUUGGAAGUUUUGAGAAGGCUGUCGAUGAAGCUAGAGGCCCAGGUGUAAAAGACAGAAUAAAAAUGUUUGAAACUGUUGGUAAUACAGAGGCAUAUGAACAGAACUUGCAAAGUGAGAAAAAAUGUCCAAAUAUUGGUGAGAGUGAUUCUAUGUCUAGAUUGCAAGAUUACUCGAUUAUUGAGAGUACGUCAGAGAGGGAAAAUACUGAUGAUAUGAGUAUCACCCAGUCAUUUAAGAAAAAGCCACCAUUGGCCCCUAAACCUGUGAUGAAAAAGCAUCCACCACAAUCUGAAGAUUUUUUGUAUGAAGAUGAGCAACCAAAAAGGGAAUUUAAGCAGGAUUUUUCCAAAUCCCUUUUUGCAGAUCAUACACAAGACAGCGAAAGCAGUGUUGCAGAAGAAAAACUCAUGAAUAGAGACAGUUCAGAACAUGAUUUUGAUAUGGUUUGUUCUAAUACAGAACUGUCAAGUUUCCCUCAAGAAUUGGAAAUACUGAAAGCUGACCAAAUGAAAGCGGAUCACCCAGACGAGCAUGUUAUGACUGAUGGUGAUGAAAAAAGUAUUGUUACAGAAACACCAAAUAUUGAACUCUCUACUGAAACAUUUGACAUUGAAAACGCUGAUAAACACCAUCCUGCAUGUCAGUUUGAAAAUGAUCUUUAUGAUCAUGACAGCUCAAGUGAGGAUAAUCUCACUACCAAAGUUGAACAGUCUGAAAAAUUUCUGGAUGGAUUAAAUGAAAGUCGGGAAACUACGAGUGGCAGACUGGAUGCUGAUCUCUCUGCAUGUUUAGAAAGAGGAUUGGAUCAAAUGGAAGGAGAGCCCUACACACUGAGUGCAGACACUGGACAAGAGUCAGUUGACUAUGAAAAUGUACCUCAAAUAAGUGACCCUAAUGCAGAUAAUGCUCUUCACACUUCUGAAAUAUAUGAACCUGCUUCUGAACAUACAAUUGAAGAUAUACUACCUGUCCGCAGUCACUGUGCAAAAGAUGAUGAGGGCAAUCAACUAUCAGUAGAGUAUACAUAUGCAGAUGAGGCAGAAGUCUCAAUUCAACUAGUUGAAGCUCAAACUAACCAACAUAUUAAAACAUUCAGAAGCAUGUCAAGCAGUGUUGAAACUGCAGAUUUAGGUUGGUCAUAUAUUGAACCAAAAACUGAAGAUGGAAAUGUACCACUGUCUGACUGCCAAACUGAAGAACUAGGUGAGUCAUCAUGCAGUAUUUCAGGGAUUUCUUCAAGUGAUGACAACAUUACUAUGAAAUAUGAAGAUGCUUUUGUCCCAAUGAAAGAUGAUGAUUCAAGUUCUCAAAUUCCAGAUCAACAACCAGUGUCUGAUGCUGAAGUCAAAAAUGAAGAUGAACCAUUCGUGAGUACUACAGAAGAUGAACGACCGCCAACCCCACCACCAAAGUCCUUAGUUUUUAUGGAAGAACUAAAGUCCUUAGCAUAUAGUCAGGAAUCUGAGCUUAUGUCGGGGCCAUACCAGCAGUUAGGAAAUGACAAUAUGCAGUCUGAAGAAGCAAGUCAGCAUCCUACAGAUGACACAAACUCUACUUAUGCAUCGUCUGCAUUCCGUAGUCAGCCCAUACCACCCAUUCAAGGAAGUAGUCCAAACAUGUCUGAUUUUGCAGAUCAUACACAAGACAGCGAGAGCAGUGUUGCAGAAGAAAAACUCAUGAAUAGAGACAGUUCAGAACAUGAUUUUGAUAUUGUUUGUUCUAAUACAGAACUGUCAAGUGUCCCUAAAGAAUUGGAAAUACUGAAAGCUGACCAAAUGAAAAAGGAUCACCCAGACGAGCAUGUUAUGACUGAUGGUGAUGAAAAAAGUAUUGUUACAGAAACACCAAAUGUUGAAAUCUCUACUCAAACACUUGACAUUGAAAACGCUGAUAAACACCAUCCUGCAUGUCAGUUUGAAAAUGAUCUUUAUGAUCAUGACAGCUCAAGUGAGGAUAAUCUCACUACCAAAGUUGAACAGUCUGAAAAAUGUCUGGAUGGAUUAAAUGAAAGUCGGGAAACUACGCGUGGCAGACUGGAUGCUGAUCUCUCUGCAUGUUUAGAAAGAGGAUUGGAUCAAAUGGAAGGAGAGCCCUACACACUGAGUGCAGACACUGAACAAGAGUCAGUUGACUAUGAAAAUGUACCUCAAAUAAGUGACCCUAAUGCAGGUAAUUCUCUUCACACUUCUGAAAUAUAUGAACCUGCUUCUGAACAUACAAUUGAAGAUAUACUACCAGUCCGCAGUCACUGUGCAAAAGAUGAUGAGGGCAAUCAACUAUCAGUAGAGGAUACAGAUUCAGAUGAGGCAGAAGACUCAAUUCAACUAGUUGAAGCUCAAACUAACCAACAUAUUGAAACAUUCAGAAGCAUGUCAAGCAGUGUUGAAACUGCAGAUUUAGGUUGGUCAUAUAUUGAACCAAAAACUGAAGAUGGAAAUGCACCACUGUCUGACUGCCAAACUGAAGAACUGGAUGAGUCAUCAUGCAGUAUUUCAGUGAUUUCUUCAAGUGAUGACAACAUUACGAUUAAGUAUGAAGAUGAUUUUGUCCCAAUGAAAGAUGAUGAUUCAAGUUCUCAAAUUCCAGAUCAACAACCAGUGUCUGAUGCUGAAGUAAAAAAUGAAGAUGAACCAUUCGUGAGUACUACAGAAGAUGAACGACCGCCAACCCCACCACCAAAGUCCUUAGUUUUUAUGGAAGAACUAAAGUCCUUAGCAUAUAGUCUUGAAUCUGAGCCCAUGUCGGGGCCAUACCAGCAGUUAGGCAAUGACAAUAUGCAGUCUGCAGAAGCAAGUCAGCAUCCUACAGAUGACACAAACUCUACUUAUACAUCGUCUGCAUUCCAUAGUCAGCCCAUACCACCCAUUCAAGGAAGUAGUCCAAACAUGUCUGAUCAAAAUUUAAAUAGAGGACCAUUUUUAAUGGAACAGCAGCAUGGUGUUCCUUUUAAUAUGUCAGGCUUUCCAUCAAAAUCACCCCUUGCAGGCUUUCCUGGAUUUUUUCCAACAGGUCCACAAAACCAGUGGCCACAUCAACCACCUACGAGUGACCAUUCUUAUCCUGGAAGCUUUCCCCCAACACAAGCUCCAUGGCCACCAUUCAUGCUCGGGAUGAGGCAACCAAUACAAGGACAAUUUCCAGGCCAAAGUAUGCCAACUCAGAUGUAUGGAGGCCAUCCUCCACCUCACUUUGUUCCACCAGGCCCUGUCCUGCCCCCCUUUUAUCCUGAUCAACAGUUUCCAACUUUUGGUUUGCAUUCGCCACGUGCACCUGCAACGAGCAAGGAAACAUCACCCACUGAUGCAAACACCCAACCUUUUAAGACAGAACAACCACAAAGUAAGGAGUCACCAAUGUCUGCAAAUAUUGAAACACCAGUUUCGCGAGUACCAAGAUCACAAUCCAAACCACAAUCCAAACCGAAGUCCCCAGAAAGACCAAAGUCGACAGGUAGAGACAAACCCCGUAAUGUGCAUGCUGAGUCACCUGCAAAAGAUGAACUUACAAAGCAGCAGAACGCUACACCAACACAUGCUUCACCAACACAUGCUACACCAACACAUCAAAGGCAGACAACAGCUCAGCUUACCAAGCAUUCAUCUUCUCAGAAAAAUGUAACAAAACAAUCAGAAACUAAGCCAAAGAUAACAGAAAGAAAACCAAAAGAGAGUGAGAAAUAUGAAAGGGAUACACCGAAAAAGGAAGUAAAAAAAGAGCCCAAAAUACCUGAGAAGGAGGUAGGCCAAGACACAAGUACACAAUACAUUUUUAUGAACGUCCUCAAUCCACCCAUGGCCAGUUGUGUCUCUCAAACGUAUAUGCAAGAUUACCUUGAGAUCUGCACAGAUAAAGACAUUGACCUUAAAGAUAUAGUCUUCAAUUAUUCACGAACAUGCGUUGUUUUUUCAACCAAGGAAAAGCCAGAUAUGGAAAGGUUAAAGCAGAAAGUCAAGGAAAAAAUAUUGUCUGGAACAAAAUUUGAAGUUUGUCUGAUUGAUAGACCCUGCAGUGUUGCCAUCAGCAGCGAAGUAGGGCUUGAAAUCAAUGAUUCAUUGGAGUUUUUUUUGGAAAGCCCACGUAACCAUGGAGGUGAUUUAGAUCUACAACAGCAAAUGUUUGAAACUGAUGAUGGAAGCUGCAUAGUAGCUACUUUUAAGGAUCCAAAAGUGGCAGAGGCAUUCAGUCAGAAAAGAGACCAUGUCCUUAACAACAAACCUUUGGUUGUUUCCCUGUUUUUCCGCUGCGACUGGGGAGAUGUGUGGGAUCCAGACCUUCAUAAGGUUGUCUUGCCAGAACCAAUCAUCAUUCGACUUACAAACAACACAAAAAGGCUUUUGCAAAUGCCAGCUUGUAUGACCUUCAUUCUUAAUCUUGAAAGCAAGUCAUGUCGUUGUGAAUUCAAAGACGAGGGACUUAAAAUCAUGUGCACACUUAACCGGACGACGACUAAUAUCAAAACUAGGAAAGCUAAAUGGCAUGGAGAGGUCGCUCAGUUUGUAGAAAACUUCAUGAAACAUGAACUUGAGCAUUAUGAUCUUGAUUGUUCUGCACAAAUUUGGGAAGAUAUGAAAACACUUUGCAAAAAAUAUGAACAUGAAGAGAAGGUUGCUGUGUGCUGCAAUGACAAAACAAAACUGAUUGAGAUGGACAGUUUGAAAGGCUUUGGACAAGACGUGAAGGAUAACCUUUUUGGUCAAGCAAAAGCUUUAGAACGGCAGUUAAGGAGGACAUCAGAAUGCAUGCAGUUAAAAGAGUUGGACAUUUGUUUGAUGAGCAAGCUUGGAACAUUUGAGUCCAUGAAGGAGACUGACCUAGAUGUAAACCUUGGAGAUGACACAGUCACAAUGGAAGGUCAACCUGAUAAUAUCACAACCAUGCAAAAGAAUAUACUGGAAACUAGGAAUCGUAUACAGCAUGUGAACUUAAAUCAGUGCCUGUCAGAACAUUGUCUUCGUGUCAUAAAAGAGAAACAAGCGUUGUGUGAUAAACUUGAUGAGGCUUUUAAGAAAGAGAACAUUGAAGCUGUUUGGAAAGUCGAAGGUAGCAGCUUAAAAUGUGCUUACCUGGAGGAUGCCAAUUAUUCUUCGCAGUAUGAAUAUGAAGAUGUGGAAACGGAAGCUACAAUUAGAAAGAUAUUUACAUCAAGCGUCACAGACAAAUCAAUCAACUUUUUAGUCACAGAUGCUAGCAUAGUGGAUAGUCUUGAAUUUAAUGUAUUUUCCAAAGAUUUAACUGAAGACAAUGAAUCUUUGGCAGAUUGGCAUAUCUAUGAGCAACAUUUAAAGAUAAUUUUUUUUGGUUGGACACCAAAUGUUGAAAAAAUGGUCAGUGACAUGAAAAUGUUCAUGGAUAAAAAUUUUACACGGGAGGUUGUUAUACAACCAAGUGAUGCAGAGUACAAUUUUAUUAAGAAGCACAAGCAAGAUCUGAUCAAACAAAUGGAUCAAACCCUUGAGAAGGAGAAUGGAUCAUUGAGACUUUUAGAUUCAAGAUUCUCCUUCGUUGUAAAGGGUAAUGAGAGAAGUCGUAAUGAAACACAGAAACAAUUGAAAAAACUCAUUUCAUCAAUUGUAAGCGAGAAACACAAAGUUGAUAAAAUUGGUGUCAACAGAGUUUAUGAUGAUGUACAAGUGCAUGGGAAAAUAGCCGAAAUUGAAGCUGAAACAAAGUGCAUAAUAAUGCGUGUAGAUGAGCAGAUGUAUUUCAGUCCUGGAACACUUCAAAUUAAAGAGGACCAUUAUGAUACAAUCCCCGCUGAUGGUCAGACGCCUGGUGCUGUGGCAAGGUCACACUCAGGUAAAACAGAAACACAUCAAAAGCUGUCUUUGCAGAAUGGAACCAAAAUUCGUAUUAUUGAGGGUGAAAUAGGAAAACAAAAGGGAGAUAUCUUUGUUGUUUCCACAUCCCCAAAUUUGGAACUAAAAAGCGGGAAAGCUGGUCAGGCAAUUUUAAAGGUAGCUGGUGAAGAACUACAACAGGAAAUCCAUCAUAAAUAUAAAGAUAUCAAGUUUGGUGAGAUUGCAGAUGUGAGUGGUAGUCGUAUGAAAUGCAAGAAACUGUACCUUACCAGUUUACCUGGAUGGGAUUCUAAAGACCCUAACCCUAUCGAGGUUUUGAAGAAAGCUGUGAAAACUGCCCUCGAGUUGGGAUCCAAACAAAAAAAGGAGUCGAUACUAUUCAGUGCUCUAGGCUGUGGUCAACUUAAGUAUCCAGUUCAUAAAGUUGCACAUGAGAUGAUGCAAGAAGCCACUGACUUUGACAAGGCAAAUCCAACCUCAACUCUGAAAAGUGUGAAGUUUGUUGUGUUUCAUCUUGAUACAAAUGUUAAACAAGCAUUUAAGUUGGAGUUAGAAAACCGACUAAGAGGCGACACAGGGACAAUGGCAGCAACUAGUCUCAAGAAAGGAAGUUGUACAAUUGAUCUUGUUGUUGAAGACAUCGCAGCACAACAGGUUGAUGUCAUUGUAUGUUCCACAUCUAGGACUAUGGACCUAACAAAAGGUGCUUGCCACGCCCUUUUGAAAGUGGGCGGUGAUUCCUUACAGGAAGAAUGCAGGAAGAAGUACAGUAAUAGCUUGAACAAAGGGGUUAUUGCUGAAAUAAAGCCUGGAAAGCUACAGUGCAAGGCUUUGUUUUUCGUGGUUCUUCCAAGAUAUGAUGGCCCCAAAUCAAUUGAGAAUCUGAAAAAAACUAUUCAAAUGUGUAUAAAUCUAUCACACACAAGAGGUUUUAAAUCUUUGGCAAUUCCUGCACUUGGUACUGGAAAUCUGCACUAUCCAAAACGCGAGGUAGCAGCGUGUUUGAUUGACAGCUUGACUGAACUUGGAACUGGGGAUGUUGAGGUUCCCUCCUUUAGUGUCCGCGUCGUUAUGCAGUCAAACGACUAUGAUGUGAUUCAGGAAUUUAAAAGUUUCAUGGCUCACGCAAAAACACUUGGUGUACGCCGAGAGAGGUCGUAUGGAACUGCAAAAAAAUUAUCAAGGACUCAACAGGUUGACACUGCACGACUUAAUUACAGCUCAUCACAACAUGAAUUCCAUCUGCAUAAUACCACACUAAAGGUUGCAACUGGGGACAUAUUGGAUCAAGAUGGAGAUGCAAUCAUUGCUUCAGUUGGAAAGGAUUUUGAUAUUAACGGGAAAGUUGCAGAUAUGUUGAAAAGGAAAUUCCCUGAUAUAGAAACUGUCUGUAAAGCAAGAAGACAAGAAUUGCAAGAUACAGGGGUGGUAAUUGUGCCGUUUGUGGGACUACGCGCAAAACACAUUAUGUUUUUGCAGUAUGCUGACUCUCUUCAUUCAUGGAGACAACAAAUAAAGACGUGCUUGAAAAUGGCCAAUCAACAAAACUUUCGCACAAUCAGCUUUCCUGUUCUGGGAUCAGGACUUGGAUCUGUUCGAUUAAAGCCAGAGUCAAGCGCGUCAUGCUUGUUUGAGGCUUUAGAAAGUUUCAUAUGGAGCAACAUAACCACAAGUCUGAGAGAAGUUCGCCAGAUCGUGUUUCAGGGUCAGUCGGAGAUGUUUCAGCCAAUUGUGGAUGAAUUAAAAAAACAGGCGAAUGUGGCCGCUGCCGAUGCACAACAGAGUGGCGCAAUAGGCUUGUUAAAAAGGGGGGGUCCAAAGUUUUUACGAAAUGUUAACGAAACAUUGCUUGAUGAUGGAACUAUUGGCACCAGAGAGACCAUUCCUAGGAGCAUACCCAUCAAUCCUGCUGAGACCAUGGCCUUUAAAGAAAAAGAAAAACAAUCGUCUCUGGAAGUUGUUAUUUACUCAGAUUCAGUGGAUAACAUACAAAAAUGCAAAACUGUGCUGGAAAAGGGCCUUGAAGAUGCGAUGAUGACAGAAAGAAUUGGUGAUUAUCAGGAGCUAAUCAAAGGACUAAAACAAGAAGAGGUUGAAGGGCUUGACUGUGUAUCACUGUUGGUUAACUUCAAAGUUGAUCAAGCAGCAGGGAUUAUCACAAUUCAUGGAGAACCUCGACAGGUUCAUCAAGCUGUGACAGAAAUAAGAGGAAAACUUAAUAAAAUAAUAAAAGAAAAGAAUGACAAAGAACAGUCAAAAGAACUUGCAAAGAAGAUCAAGUGGCAGUACGAACAAGAAGAAAGACGUAUGAUCAAGUAUGAUGAAAUGCUAAGUUUUCGGAUAGAAAUGGCAUACUUAAAUAAUAAGACAUCGUAUCAAUUUAGUGACAAUGGACAAUUGUGUGAAAUUGAUUUUGCUGAACUAAAGGAAUAUCCAGUCAGUGAUAAAUCAGACUUUGUAAAAGUGUUCAGAAGAGAAAUGCUUAAAGCUGAUAAUGCUGCUCUACCAGAAGACUGGAAACCUAUGAAGGAUGACGAAAAUGUAAUGCUUGUACAAUUGCAAAGAACUGAUCCCGAUUUUCAGAGAAUUGAACAGAGAUUCUUGACUGAGUUAAACAAUGGGAAGUAUGCUAAAAGCCCUGGUCACAAAUAUGACAAAAGCAAGACGAAAGUGGAGAAGAUUGAAAAAAUCCAAAAUAAAACCCUGUGCCGUCAAUAUCUAACAAAGAAAAAAUGCUUGGAAGAAAGCAAUCCAAAUCGCCCAGCAAACAUGCCUCUGGAAAGGGAACUGUGGCACGGAACUAAUCAAAAUGCAAAGGACAGCAUCAUCCUGCAUGGUUUCAAUAGGAGUUACGCUGGGGAUAAUGCUGGAAAGCCCUGGUUUGGUCAAGGAGUGUACUUUGCCCCAGACGCAUCCUACUCUGCUCGGUCAUGGAUGACAGGGGCAGACAGCGCUGGUAGCAAAGGAUAUGUCUUCCUAGUGAAAGUACUCACUGGUCAGUUCCGGAAAGGAACUAAGAACAUGAGGUACUUACCACCAAUAGAUAAGAAAAACCCAUCAGUUUUGUACGACUGUGCAGUGGACAAAGUGAAGAAGCCGAUGGAGUUUGUCAUCUUUAAUGACACUCAGGCUUAUCCUGACUAUAUACUGACGUUUUCAGGAUCUUAAAUUUGUGUUGAUUCUGAAGUGGACAGACCUUUGUAAAAUGCGAUUUCGAGAUAUAUAAAUGUGAUGAAAAUCCUUGAACUGUACUUUUUUGUUUUGAUGUUUUAGAAGAUAAUAAAUUCUUUUUUUUUCCAUAAAAAAUAUGUUUAAUGUUUGCACCAUUUAGAAACAUGAUGAUGGUAUUUGUAGUUUCAUUAAUUUUGUUUUAAAAUUCACUUAAACAGACCAACAAAAUGUGUUUAUACUUUGAAAUAUAUCCAUACGUCUUGUAAUUUGAUUUCAUAUGUUAAUUGUUCUUCUUUAAAUUAUAAAAUGAUUGCUUUCUAAAUUCAGCAUAUGAAAUGUUCUUGUGACAUUUUUUCUUAUUUGUUGUGUAAAACUAAUUUCAAUCUAUGACUCAUUCAACACCUAUGUAUUGAAUUGCAACAUACUACUUUUUGUUUUGUUAGUUUGAAAUGUCUGAAUACAUAUUGAUUCAUUGAUAAAUAAGAAUUGUAUUUAUUCCAUGUUUCGAUUACAUAGCAAGCUGUGGCUCGCAUUUUGCCAUUUUACUGAUAUGUCUACACCUGUUUAAUAUGUCAUUAUUAUUGUUAUGGUAUUUUGUUUGCAUUUCCAAUUAUAUCGUUAGCUUGUUCUAUGUGAUUUUCCAGAAUUCCAGGUUGGAGACAUAUGUUAAUUCAUGUGUAUCAAUUAUUUGAAUAUUGGUUAGUUUUAACAGGAUAUGCAUACACCGAAAUAGGCUAUUAUAUUAGUAAGUAAUAAAAUACAUAUAUACAGCCAGGCCCAGUUUUUAACAUCUUAAGACUUGCUUUAGUUACAAAGGAAUUAUGUGGCUUUAAAAAUAUGUGUUUAUUAUUAUUAUGAUCAUCAAAUGAAACAUGUGUGAAAGAUACUCAGACAUUUCAUACACUCGUUUAACUAAAGUCAUCAUAGAUGUGGGCGCAUAGAAUUUAUCAUGUAUAAUGUAUAGAUAAUUUCGUGUACAAUAUUUAGAAAGAUGGAGUUUUGUUUAGUUACUAUUUAUUUCCAGUUUCGUUUUAAAAUAUACAAUUGAAUGGAUAGUUCAUUAAUUGUUAGUAAAUGUAUGAUUAUAGCUGAGAGUUGGCCUGGAAUCUUAAAACAAGUUAUUUACACUUAAACAAUUGUCUUAUAAAUGCAAUUUAUAUCACGUAGGCGUAACGUCUGGUGUAUCAUCGUCAAAAGUAUGUUUGGUAACAUAUAAUCAUUUUGCAUGGCAUCCUGAUGAACUGUGUGCACUUAUUGGUCCUCCUUAUCCAGUAUUGUGUGGCAAUUUACUUUAAGACAAGUUAUUUUGAGUAUUGAGCUUCUUGACAUUGUAUAAUAUAAAUUGGUCACUUACAUUUUAUUAUUUUUUACAAUACACUUGAAUUCAUAUGUUAAAUUGUGUUAAGUAUUAUCAUUCAAAACUUCUUAAAAGCUUUUGUUGUAAAAAUGUUUUGUUUUGUUUUUUCUUAAUUUGGCUGAAUUCUUUGGUGUUUUUUUUUAGAUUUUGACCACACACGUGUUUUUUUAAUCUCAUAUAUGUCACCAUAUGUUAAUGUUUUAUGUAUAAGUGUUGCAAUAUUUUUUUAUUUAGGGUGUGAUACACCUUUUUGACUUACUGUUCCUAAGUAAUAGAGUAAAAUGACCAUGAUAAACUAAUCAUCUAGUAACUUAGUGCAAAAGCUCAUGUAACUCCAACUGCAUAUUAACAUCAUGUUAGCUUAUUGGUGGUUGUUAAAAAGGCUUUUAAUUAAUCAUACUGCUUUAAAUGUUAAAUACAUAUCCGUUCAUCUAUGACUUUUUUUUAAAUUGAGAGGUAGGAGCGAGGCCUUGGGUACAGCACAUGCCAAGAAAUUUGGUGCAUUUCAAUUCUUGAAGCGUUCUAAAGAUUUCCUUAAAAGGCACAAAUUGCUGGUUCUAGUACACAGAUUCACGUGGGUCUAUAUAUUUUGCUUUCGUUGCAAUCAAGCUAAAAAUUGAAUUGGUUUCGACUAAAUAUUUUAUGUUUAUAUGAGUGAGUACACAUAUGUAUUGUAUCCAUAUACUGUCAAUAUCGUCUGGAAGUGGGUAUGCACGAUUUUGAUAUGUGCUAAAUUGUAAUAUAUUGAUAAAUAUAUGUUACAAUAACACACAAUAGGCAAGAAAAAUUAUACAUUGAAGACGAAUUUCAUAAAAUGCAGCAAAGACAAAUUAGCGCCCCGAGCCGAUUGCGACGAAGAUAUAUCGUACAUAUUUUCCUACAAUAACCGAAGCAUUCGUGUUUUUAUUAGGAUCGGAUUUAGUGUUCGUGUGUCGUGUGAAUAGAUAUCGUUGCAUGAAAUUAAAAUGAUUCGUAAAACUAAAUUUAGAUUCACAUCGUACAUGCAUGAUAUUAUACUGGCGAAUUAGACUUUACAGGCAUUUUCGAUUUCAGAAUUAAAUAUCUGGCUUAUUUCGCAUUUUCGACAUAUGUUCUUCUUAACUUUUAUUUCAAUUUUUAUUGAAAUAUAUUUUUAAUAUUUUUUUUUUACACAUUUUAUAUAAAUUCAUAAAUAUUUGACAAAAUCGUGCAUACCCACUUUAAAUUGCAUUCGGGUUAAUUACUAACAUUGGACAAUGUUAAUAUAAAAAAUGUUGUUAUAUAUUGUCAAGUACCAUCAUCAAAUAAAAUAUUUCGGAACGUUUGUUUUGUUGUUUUUCGAAACUAACGAAAAUGGAUAAUUAUUUUUAAAACGUUUAAAACUGAAGUACAAACCAGCAUAU